CACACUAAAGACGUGUCGUCACUGCCUCAAUCCAUGCCACUCCUGGCAGCCGGUUUUAUUACGGAGUGGUAGCGUUGAGGAAGAGAGAGACAGAGAGGGGAAAGCGGCUAUCUCUAAGCUGAAACAGGAGGCUUUACCUUUGCACCUGGCCUCUCACACGUCCCACCAUGUGAAUCGCUGUCGCCUCCUAGAGGAGAAGAACAGAUCUCUGAAACUAGAGCUAGCGACCCUCAGACAGCAGAAACAGCAGCAGAGAUCCCUUGAGUCAGAGGUCAACGAGAGGAGGAAAAGGUGUCAGAUCCUUGAAAGGGAAGUAAAGGACAAGGCAUUAGCAUGUAAGACUUUGAAGAAUGAGCUUCAGGAUGCUCUGCUGGAGAGCAAACGGCUCAAUCGUGAGCUGUUCAGUCACAUUCUGAAGGCCACGCAUUACGAGAAGGUGAAGUCAGACUAUGAUCAGCUCAGAAAGACAUUUGGUUGUGUGAGCCAAGAGAGGGACUUGGCCAGGCAGGAGAAAGCUCAGCUCCAAGACAAACUGGAGAACCUUGAGCUGGUCCUGAAGCAUAUGCGAGAGGCUGCGAACCGACGGCAGCAGUUGGAGGCAGAGCAUGAGCAGGCCCUGGGUUUCCUCAAAUCCAGAAAGCAGGAGAUCUGCCUUCUGCAGAAGGUACAGGCUGAAGCUGAGAUAGAACAUGAAGAAGUGGUUCAUCUGCUAGAGAGCCAUAUGGACAAAAUGCAGGGCAAAGUUCAUGACUUGGAGCACAAAUGCCGGACACAAAGUGAGCAGUGCAAUAUUUUGACGAAAGAGCUGGCGAAAUAUCACCUUGGGUCAGACACGGAGAAUACACUCAACAUUGACACACAGGAGAAAAACUUGUGCAACAUUUACAACAACCUGCAGCAGCAGACAGAAAAAAGUGAUGAGAGACCUGACGGAUCUUCACUGGUCUCAGAACUGCCCAUAGUACAACAACACAAAAGAGACAAGCCAGAGAAGCAGACCAUUAAACCCAAAGUCCACACCCAGAGUCGUUCCAGCAGUCCCAUGCAAGCGUCUCUAUCAGAGAUGGAUGAUGAGGUGAGUCCAACUCCCAGGUCCAAGAUGAGAUACACAGGACAGGUCCGUCUCUGCACUGCUCGCUACAGUUAUAAUCCCUAUGAUGGACCUAAUGAGCAUCCUGAAGCAGAGCUCCCUCUUGUGGCAGGGAAGUACUUGUACAUCUAUGGGGAUAUGGAUGAUGAUGGAUUUUAUGAAGGAGAGCUUUUGGAUGGCCAGCGUGGCCUGGUUCCCUCUAAUUUUGUGGAGUUUGUCCAGGACAAGGAAAAGCCAUCUACAGAGGUGGGAGAAGAGCAGGGUAGGCUGGAGCAUAGCUGUCUGAGCCUGACUGACAUAGAUGGAGGUGGUCCUCUGGACAGCCUUAGCAGUGACGUUCUCGGGCACUGUAGUAAUGGGACAGGCACUCUGGAUGGAGAGGAGCUGAGUGACGACAUUGUGCCUUACCCCAGGAAGAUCAACCUGAUCAAACAGCUGGCAAGAAGUGUGAUAGUGGCCUGGGAGCCGCCUUUGGUACCUCUCGGCUGGGGAAAUAUCAAUGGGUACAAUAUCUUAGUGGAUGGGGAAGUACGUUCCUCUGUGCCCUUUGGGGGCAGGACCAAACUUCUUUUGGAGAAGCUAGACCUGGCUACAUGCACCUACCGUGUAUCGGUACAGAGUGUGACAGAUAGGGGGCUCUCUGAUGAAUUACGGUGCACCUUGCUGGUGGGCCGCAAUGUGGUUGUGGCUCCCACCAGCCUGAGAAUGGACGAUAUAUUGCGAGACUCUGCUGAACUUUUGUGGCUGCCCAGUAACAGUAACUAUGCCCAUGUUGUGUACUUGGAUGGUGUAGAGCAUGCUGUGGUGAAGCCAUGCUCUUACAGGCUACGUUUUGUGAACCUGAAGGCUGCCACAGUAUACAAGGUAAAGGUGCUGGCCAAACCUCACCAGGUGCCCUGGCAAUUGCCACUAGAGCAGAGGGAGAAGAGAGAGGCUGGGGUGGAGUUCUGUACCCAGGCUGCAGGGCCCCCUCUACCUCCACAGGAAGUGCAGGUCCAGUGUGGUCAAGCCCCAGGGAUCCUUCAAGUACAUUGGAAACCCCCUCCCAUGACAACUUUGGGUACCUCCAAUGGUGCAAAUGUCAUUGGCUAUGCAGUGUGUACUAAGGGUCAGAGGAUCGCUGAGGUGUUGUAUCCACUGGCAGACUACGUUGCAGUAGAGUUGAACCGUCUCCAGUGCUUGGAGGCCCGAGAAGUUAUCGUCAGGACUUUAUCAGCACAAGGAGAAUCUCAAGACUCUCAUGUCGCCAUCAUUCCAAACCACUUGCUGGUGCCUCUUCAUAAAACGUACCCUCCUCCUCACCACAUCCAGUCCCCUCUCCCACUCCAGCAGUCCCAACCCUUAUCCCCUCAUCCAGCAUCUUUGCCUCUUCCCCCUCACCCUGGACCCCAACCGCCCACCCAUCUCCAACCGCUCCCCAUUCGUCCCAGCCAGCCACCUCCUCACCUACAUCCUCACCAUAUGCCACAUCCCUCACAGCCCUCUCCCCCUCACCUCCAGCCUCUACCACCACACCUCAUCCCUCAACCCCAACCCACCAUCCCAAUGCCACAGCCCCAAUUAUCAAUGGCUAUGCCUCAACCCCAGCAGCCCAUCCCCAUGCUACAACCCCAGCCAACCAUCCCUAUGCCUCAGCCUCACAUUCCCCAGCUGCCCAUUCCCCAAUCUCAAAGACCACUAAGUGCCAGAGAGCUGGAAACCAAAGAGCCAGGGCCAGGAAUGCUUCAUUAUGGAGGGGGCCCACCUCAGCCAUGGGAGCCCGGCUGCUCCCCAUCAGGCAUGUCCUCAGACCUGCCACAUGGACACACCCUGGAUGCACCACCCUGCCUCAACCGUCGUUCCCCAUCACCUCAAAGGAUCCUCCCUCAGCCCAGGGGUACACUCAUCCCUGACACUGUGGCCAAGGCUAUUGCCAGAGAGGCAGCACAACGGGUGGCAGUGGAGAGUGGACGGAUGGAGAGGAGAAGCCAGGGCUUUCACUCUCAAAAUUCAGAUGAGGAAGAGGAUGAGGAAAGCUAUCAGGCUCGAAGAAGAGGAGCAUCUGUGGAUGACUUCCUCAGGGGCUCAGAGCUGGGCAGGCAGUCUCAUUACAGUCACAGUGAAGAGUAUCAGACAGAGAGUAGCCGAGGCUCGGACUUGUCGGACAUCUUGGAAGAGGAUGAGGAGGAGUUGUAUUCAGAAAUGCAUGAAGAAGGCCGGCGAUGGCACUCCCACAAUGCAAACAAGUCUGGAGGAGGCACUCAAUCUUCGUGUCAACUGGAUCGGGACUCAUAUCGGAAGUCAGCUCACAGAGGCCCUCAACCUCAGCGUCACCCUCUCUCUGUGCCAUCCAUUGGUCAGUGCUUUCCCAAGAUAACCACUGAGAAUAACAGUGAAGGGAACCUCUCUCACGUCAAGGAGGAUGUUUACUAUGGCAGUGUAGCGCGACACAGGACAUGGUCCUGCCGGAGGCAUGGGGGACGCAGGCCUCCUUAUGAUGGCUAUCGGGCCCAAAGCCAUCGUUCUCCUCUAUACUAUGAUGAGUCUGAGCAGGAGGAUCCAUUCCGAAUCUUCGUGGCUCUGUUUGACUAUGACCCUUCCUCUAUGUCUCCUAACCCUGAUGCUGCUGAUGAGGAGCUCCCUUUUAAAGAGGGACAGAUAAUCAAGGUGUAUGGAGAUAAGGAUAAUGAUGGCUUUUAUCGCGGGGAGAUCCGUGGCAUGUCUGGACUUAUUCCCUGUAACAUGGUGUCAGAGAUCCGUGCUGAGGAUGAUGAGACAAUGGAGCAGCUCAUGAAACAGGGCUUUCUCCCUCUCAACACCCCUGUGGACAGAAUAGAACAAAAUAGGAGAGGUCGCCACCCAGUGGCCACUAGACGAAUGGUUGCAUUAUACGACUACGACCCCAGAGAGAGCUCCCCAAAUGUGGAUGUCGAGGCUGAACUGACAUUCUGUGCUGGUGAUAUCAUUGCUGUUUUUGGGGAUAUUGAUGAAGAUGGGUUCUAUUGUGGUGAGCUUAACGGACAUCGGGGCUUGGUUCCAUCCAACUUUCUAGAAGAAGUGCCUGAUGACGUGGAGGUCUACCUGACGGACACUCCAUCCCACCACAGUCAUGACGAGACAACUCCAGCACUGGCGCGGCGCCCAGAGGCCAAACGGGUGCCUGUGGAAACUACAUUCCCAGCUCCAGCCACUGGAAGACCAGCCUCUCCUACUGUGCGUCCUUUGCUCCCUGUUGGUCCAAUGAGGCCGUUGAGCCCUGCCAGGGGUCCACGAGAUUUGGCCUCUAAAAAGAAAAAAGGACUGCUCUCUAAAGGGAAGAAACUGCUCAAAAAGUUUUCAAAGUAAAUGUUUGAGUUUGAUUUCAAAUUCAGAAGCAUUUUUCUCUUAAAAUGGGAUUUACAACAAACACUAAUAUGUUAUUAAAUUCUACAGUGAGUUUUUUUCUCACAAACAAUAAAUCUCUAUGGCUUUCAUGUUAACAUGCCACGUACACAUAAUUAAAUAGAGGUAAGAGAAAGAUAUUUAAAUGUCACUCAUACACACACAGCCACAACAUUAAAACCACCUGACCAAUAUUGUGUAGGUCCCCCUCGUGCCGCCAAA